AGAAAUCAGUAAUUGGAAGCCAUUAGGUGAUAGAAGCAUGAAAAGUCAUGAGUAAACAGAGGUUUGAGGAGAGAGAGAAACUGAACUUUGGAAACAAAGGCAAUGAGGGGCUUGGUCACCACAUGGCAGAGCUCACAGACGGGAGCCAGCUAGUAGUGAGGGCCCAUAGCAGAAUAAGGUGAUAACCUGAGUCACCUUCAGACCCCGAAUAACGUUCUGUGAUGUCAGUGCAUCCUGUGGCCCUAUCUCCCCACGCGUCCUUACAUUCAAUAAAUCCCUUGUCAACAAAAGAGCCUAACUUUGUUUCUUGCCACCUGGAAAAGCCCAAUCUGAUUGAUGUGACAUCAUGUGCACUGUUUGUUUUUUUUUUUUAAUCUUUUUUCUUGGUCAACUAUCCAAUGUGGAAGCGGAGGUCGAUAAGCUGGAGUGGACGACUGGAAUAUGAAAUCAAGACUAAUCAUCCUGAUGCAGCAAGCAAGAAAAAUCCAGUUACGCUCUUAAAGGAAUUGUCGGAAAUAAAGUCUCGGUAUCAAACUUUGCAUGCCUGCUUUAAACCAAUUGCUGCAGAGCAGAAAGAGACUAAGAACUGCAUUUGUGCUACUGUCAAUAAGACGGUGAGCAUGAUACAGGAACGACAAAAGCAAACAGACCUGGAGCUGUCACCACUGACUAAAGAAGAGAAAACUGCAGCAGAGCAAUUACAAUCUUUCAUGUCAGGGGUGCCUGGGCUCAGUCAGUUAAGCGUCUGCCUUCAGCUCACAAUAGCAGUGAGCAAGGCCCCGGGGCUCCUCAUGGGCUGUAAACUCCGAGUGAGCCAAGAGUGUGGUUCAAUAGCAGUUGAACAAAUCUUGGGCUCCAUGGACAGCAGCACAGAAAACGACCAGGCCACCUGGGCACAGGGCUUUGCUUUCUGGGCACCUGGACAAGCCAGAGUGCAGGCAGAAGGAGAUUAG